UCCCUCCCUCCUUCCUCUCUCUCUCUUUUCUUCCCUCCUCUUUCUUCCACCUUCCUUUCUUUCUCACUCUCUCUCCUCCUGGUGCAGCUGGGAGCCGGCCCAGCCCUGUCGUGGCUGGUCUGGGUGGAGACCUGGCGCCGCCCGCGGGGAGUGACCGCCCGGCAGGGAGGCGGCGCAGAGGACCCGGCGGAUAAAGCGCUGUGUCCCCGACUGGUGGCGGGAGCGGGGGACAGCAGAGGACAGCGGGGGGAUGGCGCGCGGCGGGCAGCGGGGCCUGGGCCCCCUACACCUGCUGCUGCUGGCGGUCGCCGUGUCCCCGACGGCCGGGGGCGACUGGACCGCAGAGAAGAAACAUCACCAGCCGGCCAUCCUGAACGCCUUGGCACUGCAGCAGGUGGCAGAAGGCACCAACAUCUCCGCCAUGUGGCAGAAUGACCUGCAUCCACUGCUGAUAGAGAGAUACCCGGGCUCCCCUGGAAGCUUCGCUGCCCGCCAGCACAUCCAGAGCAGGAUUCAGAGACUCCAAGCUGACUGGGUGAUAGAGUUUGACACCUUCUUGAGCUGGACACCCUAUGGCACCAGGUCCUUCUCCAACAUCAUCAGCACCCUGAAUCCCACUGCCAAGAGACACCUGGUCCUCGCCUGCCACUAUGACUCCAAGUACCUCCCCAGCUGGGAUGGCCGGGUGUUUGUGGGGGCCACAGACUCAGCUGUGCCCUGUGCCAUGAUGCUGGAGCUGGCUCGUGCACUGGACCAGAAGCUUCUCUCCCUCAAGCCUUCUGCCUCCAGGUCGGACCUCUCGCUGAAGCUCAUUUUCUUUGACGGGGAGGAGGCUUUUCUGCACUGGUCUGCCCAGGACUCUCUGUAUGGGUCCCGACACUUAGCUCAAAGGAUGGCGCAGACCCCUCACCCUCCUGGGGUGAGAAAUACCACUCAGCUGCAAGGCUUGGAUUUAUUUGUUUUGUUGGAUCUAAUUGGGGCUCCAAACCCGACAUUCCCCAACUACUUCCUAAACACUGCCAGAUGGUUCUCUCGACUCCAAGCCAUUGAACGCAACCUCCAUGGCUUAGGUCUGCUCCGAGAUCACUCCCUACAGAGGCCCUACUUCCAGAACGUUUUCCAGGGCUCCAUCCAGGAUGACCAUGUCCCAUUUUUGAGGAGAGGUGUCCCCAUCCUGCAUCUGAUAGCGAAGCCCUUCCCGGAAGUCUGGCACACGCUGGAGGACAACGAGGAGAACCUGAAUGAAGCUGUCAUUGACAACCUCAACAAGAUCCUGCAGGUCUUUGCGUUAGAGUACCUCCACCUCUAACACUCUGACGUGGCUUACGUUGGUCGCUUCCAAGGCUGAGGCACCGUGCAAAAGAAUCAGACCCUUGAUCAAUGAUGUGUGGAAACUUUUGCCCUAUUCUGCAGGUGUUUUCAUUUAUUGGUGAUCAAUAAAUCCUAGACUGUCA